UUAACUACCCCUCUUAGUCUAACUCUAGAUCAUUGGCGCGAGGUAAAGACUAGAGCCUCCAACCAGUCGGUGGAAGUCAAGAAGAACAAAUGGAUUGCUUUCUGUUCAUCUGAGUGGCCCACCUUUGACGUCGGGUGGCCACGAGAUGGCACUUUUGACCCAAAUAUUAUCUCUCAGGUUAAAAUGCAGGUUUUCAGAUCGGGACCCUACGGACACCCAGACCAGAUCCCGUACAUCGUUACCUGGGAAAGCCUCUCCUACAACCCCCCUCCUUGGGUUGCCCCUUUCCUGCCCCCUAGACCCUCCUCUCGGGCGCCCUCGGCGCCUCAGCCAACAGAUCCCUCCCCCUCUGUGUCCCUCUGUCCUGUUCUCCUCAAAUCUAAGUCUGUAAUUCCCCCCGAUGAGUCAGCUCUGACUAAUCUCCUUGAAGACAGCCCUCCACCUUACCCACCUCCGGCCCCGAUUCCAGAAAUUCAACCUCAAGCAGUCGGGGGAGUAUCGGACGUAGGCCAGGGCGCUGGGGCGCCCUCCCCGAUCGCAGGAAGACUGAGAGACUGCCGGGGUCAAGGAGGAGAGUCUUCUCACAUACUUCCCCUCCGAGUGGGACCAGGGCCAGGCAACCAACUCCAGUACUGGCCCUUUUCUGCCUCUGACCUUUAUAAUUGGAAGCAACAUAACCCGCCCUUCUCCCAAGAUCCUGUGGCCCUAACUAACCUCCUAGAGUCUAUUCUUCUAACCCACCAGCCCACCUGGGAUGAUUGCCAGCAGCUUCUCCAAGUUCUCCUCACGACAGAAGAAAAACAGAGGGUUAUUCUGGAAGCCCGCAAGCAGGUUCCUGGGGCGGAUGGGAGACCUACCCAGCUGCCCAACGAGAUAGAAGCUGCCUUUCCCUUGACCAGACCAGAUUGGGACUUCAAUACACCUGAAGGUAGGGGACACCUACGCCUUUAUCGCCAGUUGCUCACAGCGGGCCUCCGAGCAGCAGGGCGGCGCCCCACCAAUUUGGCCAAGGUAAGAUCAGUAAUGCAAGGAACCGAUGAGCCACCCACUGUGUUUUUAGAAAGACUUAAAGAGGCAUAUCGCAGGUACACUCCCUUCGACCCGGAUAGUCCUGAUCAAGAAGUGAGUGUUUCUAUGUCUUUCAUAUGGCAAUCAGCCCCUGAUAUCAGGAGUAAGCUCCAGAGAAUAGAAAAUUUGCAGGGGCAAGGUCUUAGAGACCUCUUGAGGGAGGCAGAGAGAAUUUUUAACAAGAGAGAGACGCCAGAAGAAAGAGAAGAAAGACAGAAAAGAGAGGCAGAAGAUAGAGAGGCAAUGAGAGAUAGGAAGCGAAAUAAAGAAUUAAGCAGAAUCCUGGCCACAGUAGUAAGAAAGGAAGAUGAGGGCAGAGUAGAGAAGAAGGGAGAUAGAGGGCGUGUCCGACUAGAGAAAGACCAGUGUGCCUAUUGCAAGGAAAAAGGACACUGGAUAAAGGACUGUACCAAGAAAAAGAAAAAACAGAGGGAAGAAAAAGCUGAAAUCCUUAACCUCGAUUAGGGAGGUCGGGGCCAGGAACCCCCACCUGAGCCCAGGGUAACUCUUCAUGUUGGGGGACAGCCAGUCACCUUCAUAGUAGAUACUGGGGCGCAACAUUCCGUCCUUACCCAGACGACUGGCCCGCUUAGUAAGAAAACAAUAUGGGUAGAAGGAGCCACUGGAGCCAAACGUUACCGCUGGACUAUAAGCCGGGAGGUUCAGCUUGCUUCAGGGAUGGUGACUCAUACCUUCCUGCAUGUACCAGACUGUCCCUACCCCCUGCUAGGACGGGACCUACUAACCAAGCUUGGAGCACACAUCUACUUUGAAAAUAAGGGAGCCAAGGUUACUGAUUCCAAAGGGACACCCAUACAAGUGCUUACUCUUAAAUUAAAAGAUAAAUAUAGACUACAUCAUGGUCCCCAUCCUGUCCACACAGACAUAGAUCAGUGGCUGUCCAAGUACCCUGACGCUUGGGCAGAGACGGGAGGAAUGGGGCUGGCCAUACACCAGCCACCCCUAAUUAUUGAACUAAAAGCCACCGCGACCCCGGUGGCUGUCAAGCAAUAUCCUAUGACAGCCGAAGCCCGCCAAGGAAUUAGGCCACACAUUAAAAGACUGCUGGAACAAGGGAUAUUAAUCCCAUUCUUCGGCACCCGACCAGACCUCAGCGAUCAACCACUAGAGGGAGCAGAUUAUACUUGGUACACGGAUGGAAGCAGUUUCCUUGCAGAGGGUAAGCGCCGGGCAGGGGCAGCGGUCACCUCGGACAGCAAAGUGAUAUGGGCAGAACCCUUACCAGAGGGGACAUCUGCGCAAAAGGCUGAGCUGGUGGCCCUGACGCAGGCCUUGCGACUGGCAGAAGGUAAGAGGUUGAAUGUAUAUACUGAUAGCCGAUAUGCCUUCGCCACUGCGCACAUCCACGGGGAGAUUUAUAAAAGAAGGGGGCUCCUUACUUCAGGAGGAAAAGAAAUAAAAAACAAAGCUGAGAUCAUAGCGCUUCUAGAGGCUUUGUUCUUGCCAAAAGAGCUCAGUAUUAUGCAUUGCCCAGGCCACCAGAAAGGAAACCACCCCGAGGCAAGGGGGAAUCGUCUAGCUGACCAGACGGCCAGAGAAAUUGCCUCAAAGAGUCGGAUAUUAGCUUUAGAGGUGGUUACGGAGUGCAAGAGAAAAGAAGUUGUCAGAGACUACACUCCCGAGGACAGAAAGUUGCUCGAGAAAAUAGGAGCAUUUAACAACCCAGAGACAGGAUAUUGGGAAUACCAAGGGAAGACAGUUCUACCUCAGCGGUCAGUAGAAGAACUACUGGACGAGCUUCACAAAUGGACUCACCUGGGGGUAACGAAAAUGAAAACAUUAAUUGAACGAGAAGAAACCAUUCAUUAUCUCCCAAACAAAGAUGCCAUCUUACAAAGGAUCGUCAAGAACUGUAAGGCUUGUGCCCAGGUAAACUGGGGCAAGAGCAGAGCCCAGGAAGGAGUAAGACAGAGGGGCCACAGGCCCGGAGUCCAUUGGGAGAUUGAUUUCACUGAAGUCAAACCAGGAAUGUAUGGAUACAAGUUCUUGUUGGUUUUUAUUGAAACCUUCUCAGGAUGGCCAGAGGCAUAUCCGACAAAAACCGAAACCGCAAAAAUGAUGUCUAAAAAAUUACUAGAAGACAUCUUUCCUCGAUUCGGGAUGCCUCAGACGCACCUGCGAGCAUUGCAGCUGGCACAUGAAGAAAUCUGGAAACCCCUGGCAGCAGCCUACCAAGAUGCUGUUAACACCCCUAUUGCCCCCCAUCCCUUCCAACAAGGUGACACCGUCUGGGUCCGGAGGAAACAGGCUCGAAGCUUAGAGCCUCGCUGGAAAGGACCGUGCACAGUCCUCCUCACCACCCCUACAGCCCUCAAAGUGGACAGGGUCGCAGCCUGGAUCCACGCCUCCCAUGUCAAAGCGGCAGAACCUGCACACCGGGAGUCCCAAACAGGAGAGCAGCAGGAGAGAUGGCGACUGACACGAACAUCAAACCCUUUAAAGAUAAAACUGGUCAAAAACUAA